AUGGCAAACUUUGACAACAUUGAUGAAAAAAUAAGACCUUACUUGUUCAAUGAAGUCGGUGUAGAAAAAUGGACAAGGUUGUACAAAAACAACAAGCGAUACUCAAUAAUGACAUCUAACAUCGCAGAAUCUGUGAAUGCAGCAAUCAAAGAAAUAAGAGAAUUACCAAUUGCUACAUUACUAGAAUGUCUUCACUCUUUAGUUGAAACAACAAACCUACUUAUAUUCACAGUACAUGAUGUGACAAGAUCUUACAUAGUAGACCUGGAGAAACGAACACGCAUAUGCCAAAAAUUCCAAUAUGAUGAAAUGCCUUGCUCCCAUGCAAUGGCUGCAUUAACCAAAAGGCAUAUGUCUUCCUAUGACUACUGCUCAUACUACUACACAAAAGAAGCUUUUAUAGCAGCAUAUGAAGAUAUCAUACUAUCAUUAGGUGAUGCAAAUUCCUGGGAUAUACCUAAUGAGAUGAAGCAAAUCAUUGUUCUACCACCAAAACAUAAGAGACCAGCAGGGCGCCCAAAGACACAAAGAUACAAAUCUGCACUAGAAUCAAAUACAAAAACACAAAAUAAAUGUGGAAGGUGA